GCCAAACAAAAGGCCAAACAAAAGGCCAAACAAAGGCCAAAUAAAAGGGCAAACGAAAGAACAAAUGAAAGGACAAAUGAAAGUUUGAAUAAAAAGAGGGUGAAUGAAGAUACAAUCAAAAAGGUGAAUGAAAAAGCAAAUAAAAGGGUGAAUGAAAAAGCAAAUGAAAGGAUGAAUGUAAAGGAAAACGAAAGAGUAAAUGAAAGAAUGAAUGAAAGGGUAAACGAAACGGCAAAUAAACGGGUAGACAAAAGGGUGGAUGAAAGGAUAAAUGAAAGAAUGGAUAAUGAAAUGCGCAAAAGAAUAAAUGAAAGAGUAAACGAAAGGGAUGAAAUGAUGAAUGAAGAGAUGGAUGAAAUGAUGAAUGAAGAGACGGAUGAAACAAUGAAUGAAGAGAUGGAUGAAACGAUAAAUGAAGG